AUGUUAAACCGCGACCCAUCUCCCUACUUUCCUGGCUCUGAGUCGCGCGACGACCUCCACGCCUCAAAUUCUCUUUCCGCACCCUCACCGAAGGCAAUGCGGAAACCCUCACCUUUCGCCUCGGAGGCCGAGCUGCGCCAUUCCUUCACAAUCCCCAUGAUCAGCGUCACCCACGCCGAGAACGACUAUGAAGGCGACGACCCUCUCUCCUCUAUGGAGACUAAAACCAAAGCGACAGAAGCACGCGCGGUCGUCGAAAGCGUACAGACUGUUCUAGAGGAGAACAUUGCGGGGAUUGACGAGUCCCCACCGUCCCUCACGAGCCGGCGCCGUGGAAGGCCGCUCCAGCCAUGGUACCGUAAGAAGUGGGUUAUCCUCGGCGCCGCGGGCGUCCUCAUCGCCAUUGCUAUUAUCGUACUCGUUGUGGUGAUUGUGGUGGAGACGCGCUAG